CAGGUCAUUCUCUGUCAAGAGGGCUCGAGAAGAAGUCUGGGUAACUUAAAUCUUCACCUCUGACUCACGGACCUCGCCUAGACGUUGGUCACUUGGACGAGCAAUGACCCCUAAGGAGGGUCUCAGGCGACAUUCUUAGAACGUGUGCCCCCUUUAAAAGGAGGAGACUAGCGGGCGUAAGUGAGUAACCACAGCACGUCACAAAUCCCGAACCUUGGUUUCAACUCCUAGCCAACCCCGCGGUCCCGCCCCGCGCCCUCCUAAGAACGUGGCUUCCGGGAAUAGCACCGGUGGAGGGCGGCUGAAGGCGCGGGCGCCGACGGGCCAGCGCGAUCGCAGGGCGGGGCAAAAUCUUAAAGGGCCGGAGCAAAGGAAGACCGUUGGUGGCAGUGGCUGCGGCGAAACCCAGGGAGGUGAUACCACGUGGUUUCCUGUAGGUUUCCUUUAAAUCUCUCUAGUCCCAGACCCAUGGAGCCCACGCGAGAGUAUCCACUGUUCGGGGGCGCCUUCUCUGCCACACUCCCUACCGGGGCCAUUGACGUAAGCGACCUCCGACCAGUCCCAGACAAUCAAGAAGUUUUCUGCCACCGCAUGACGGACCAGAGUCUGAUCGUGGAGCUUCUAGAGCUGCAGGCCCACGUGCAGGGAGAAGCGGCUGCGCGGUACCACUUUGAGGACGUUGGUGGGGUGCAGGACGCUAGGACUGUUCAAGUGGAGGCUGUGCAACCCCUUCUUUUAGAGAAUCUGGCCUUGAGGGGCUACUGUGAAGAUGCCUGGGUCCUCUCUGGCAAGCAGCAGGUAGCUAAAGAACAUCAGCAGGUAACAAAGGACAUAACACUGCACCAGGCCUUGCUGCGGCUGCCUCGGUACCAGACUGAUCUCCUGCUCACCUUCAAUCAGCCCCCCCCUGAUCAUAGGUCAUCUCUUGGCUCUGAAAAUCAGUCACUUCCACCCUGGAGCCUGGGUGACUUUGAACUGCUGGUGACCAGUCUGACUCUUCAUGAUCCCAAUAUCUUUGGUCCCCAGUAAAGAUGCUGAAAAGCUACAUGAUGCUGCUGAAGACUUGGGGAGCCCAUUCUGCAAGGGGAAUAAAGGGUUGGAUAUAUCCCCCAAAUUCCUUCCCUGUGCAUAAACAUAAGACACUUCUCUGCAGAAAUAAACUUGCUUUAUAACCAA